GCGUAACGUAGCUUGAUGCUACUCGUCCAGUUGGUGUUCUUGAAUACAUCCCUGACAGCGUAGCCUACUGAGCGUAGAUGAAGCAAACGAUGUUCUUGAACAAGUCCUUCAGUUGCAUUGUGGGAGUUUAUGUAAAAGCAAAAUGGCAGCUGCCUGUGCACUAAAGCUUAGUAAGGUCGGCUGGCAAAUACUAGAGUCUCAAUCAUGCCGUCCUGGCAAAGUAUUUUCCCUGGUGCCGAGAUCCUCGCUACAUGGGUCGAGCCGAGCUUAUGGAACGGGUGGUUCAGGAUUCCGAUCCAAAUUGCUUUUUGCACCACCGCUGCGUGGUGGUAGCAGAAUACUCGGAUGUGCGUUUCUGCUGGGAGGGGGGAUUGGUUUAUACCAGACCAUAAAGUUCUCUGUCCAACAACACCUUGCUGAAGAGGAAUCCAAGGUUUCUGAAGGGGAGAUUAAAUUGACCCUGUACCAGUACAAGACCUGUCCGUUCUGCAGCAAAGUUCGGGCAUUUUUGGAUUUCCAUGGCCUGCCAUACGACAUCGUGGAGGUCAAUCCAGUCAUGAGAAAGGAAAUCAAGUGGUCAACUUACAGAAAAGUGCCUAUCUUGAUGGUGAAUGGUGAAGUGCAACUGAAUGAUUCAUCAGUAAUCAUCAGCGGUCUAAAGACAUACUUGAUUAGCAAGGGGAAAACCAUACCAGAAAUUCUCACCUGUUACCCAGAGAUGAAGUCCACCAAUGACCGGGGGAAGGAAGUGACAGAGUACAACAACAAGUACUGGGUGAUGCUGACCGAAGCUGAGGCCUCACUGCUGUAUCCAGAGAAAGAUUCCAGGAAAGAGGAAAUCAAAUGGCGUCGAUGGGCAGAUGAUUGGCUUGUGCACCUGAUCUCCCCCAACGUGUACAGAACUGCAGGAGAGGCCCUGGCUUCUUUUGACUACAUUGUGCGAGAGGGCAAGUUUGGCACUUUUGAGGGAUUCUGUGCAAAGUACGUUGGAGCGUCAGCCAUGUAUGUCAUCUCCAAAAUGCUGAAAAGAAGGCACAACCUGCAGGAUGACGUGAGACAGGACCUGUACAAAGCUGUCAAUGAUUGGGUAGCAGCUAUCGGGAAAAAGAGGAAGUUUAUGGGUGGCAACCAACCCAAUCUGUCCGACCUGGCAGUGUUUGGGGUCCUGAGAGUGAUGGAGGGUCUACAAGCCUUUGAUGACAUGAUGGAGAACACCAAGGUGAAGUUCUGGUACAAGCGCAUGGAAAAGGCCACACAAAACCAUGAAGGGAAGAUUUGACCCCCCCUCCCCCAAAAAAACAUUGUCUAUAGUGCAUACAUUCUAACAGAAGAUCGCUUCCAGGCCUCAGAGACUAAAUCAGCAGGAUAUCACAAGAUUGUAUUUCGGAGAGGUUGUAUCAUGAAUGGGGAAGAAUUAUAGGAGCUUCGACUGCAGCAAUCUGACUAGGCACAGGAAAGAUGUUUAGUUCCCAUAUAGAUUUACUCAUGCUCUUUCAAUAGUUUACUUUAAUAAACAUGUAGCAAAUGUAACAAUUUAGCUUCUCGUGUGUUCCUGCCAAGCUGUGGUUGCCAGUGAAAUCCAUUUGUGCAUUAGCAGCCAUGAACUACUGUAUGAAAGUAUUGUUGAGCAAACAAUUAUUAAUGAAAAUAAUUAUAAAAAUACAAUAAGUAUUUUAGGUUGUAAUUUAGUUUAUUUCGUUUAUUUUUACAGGGACAGUGAACAUUAAUCAACUUUUCAGUAAGUGCCGGUUUUAGCAAGACGGUUAAUUUUCAACUGCAGUCCCUGGGCAGGUUAUUAAGUAUGCUAUAUUAAUAUCUAUAUAUGGGUUCAUACAUUUAAUGAUUAGAAAAGGUUUAAUUUGAUGUUUCUCAGUCCUAUGAAUCUCUAGGAUGUUUUACAUGGGACUCCCAACUUGUCCUGUUGACGACCGGUUUCUCUUUUCUGUUAAUUUCUUAAUAGUCCAAUCAUAAACCAUUCCUGUACAAUGUUCCCUUUGUACCUUACAGCAAUGUAGUCAAACAUGUGGGUAAAGCGUUGUAGAAAAAUCUACUUCCAUAACAGGAAAACAUCUUGCGAAUGUGUAUUGGGUGAACUAGCUCUUUAACGUCUGCAUCUUGAAUAGUUUCCUGUAGCAGAUGGUUGCUUCUCACUGCUCAGUCCCCAACUUACUGGCCGGCAAACUUAAUCAGUCCAUUGGUUUAUUUAUUUCUCUUGAUUUUUUGUAUUGAUUAUGGGGGAAGUAGAGCUUCUUCGUAGGUCAAAUGGGUGGAUUGGAUCUUCCUGAUAUGCACUGAUUGGAUCUUCCUGAUAUGCACUGUGUCUUCUGAGUAUGAAUCAGUUGUUCUUGUAUGUAUGACAUACACCACAAUGCUCAUACAUGUAAAAAGGAUGAAUACAAUUCAGACAAUGA